GGAAGAACGUCUUGCAUCAUCUCCUUGUUGAAGUUUGCAACAACGAUACAGGCCGUUUCGCUAGGCUGCCCAUGGUUCGGCGUUCAUUACGAAUCUUAGGAUCAACGUAUCCUUCCCUAGUGAACCAGCCUGACAAGCAUGGUACCUACCCACUCCAUGCGGCUCUUCGCCGAAUGCGACUCUAUCCAGACCCUGACUAUAUGCCUGCCGUCAGACUAGGAGAGCCUCUAGGCUGUGUUCAAGAAAUAUUGCGAAUGGGUGCCGAUCCACGUGCGAAAGAUGGAAAAGGGAAUACAGCGCUAUAUUAUCUGGCUGAUGAUGAUCUGACAGGAGUCUGGCUUGGUACAGGCAAACGUCAGAUAUUCUAUAGCUUCUGAAGGACGGAUGUAGCCAGGAUAUCAACAUGCCCAACAACGCCGGAAGGGCUGUUGCAGAAUUCAUAUUUGAUGACAAUGGCCGUAUGGAAGAUGAAAAGAUGGUAAAUCAUGGAGAAUGUUCCCGUAGCCAUGAUGCAGAUUUCCGGAACUGGCAGGAUGUUGACCACAAGGUGUUCACCGCGUUGGAUGAUGCUGGUAUAGACUGGAGGGCCAAGACGUCUGAAAGUGGAAACUUGUUACAUCUCGUUGCGCAAUCUGGACUGAGCCAGGAAAGGUUGAUAUGGAGGAGUCAAUUUCUGGUGGACAAGGGAAUUGAUCCAACGGCACCUGAUGCAGAUGGUUGGACGGCGAGGAAAAUCGCUGAGCAUUAUAUAUUGAACAAGUUUCGGUUCUAUGAGGAGCUGGGGAAGCUUGAAAGCGGCGGGGUUGAGGUGGAGUGGCAGUAACGUGGAUUCAAAAGAGUCAGCUGUCUAUCUCGCGUUAACCGGCUUGACUACCU